AUAAAACAGCUCAUCUUGAUGAGCUCGCCUAAUUGCUCCUCGUCACCGCUGCCGCCCUCACCUGCCUGUCCUGUAUUAUAUGAUGAUCGUGCAAAAACCACAUGACACAUGACAAAAUUAUUGUUGGCAUCCUGGAUGGAUCACUGCUGGUGUAUUGAUGUGACAGAAUGAAUGCAAAUGAAUGCGAUAGAAGUUUACCAGGAACUUUUUAUCGGAAGAGGGAGGAUCAUCUCAGGCAUUAAACUGUUUACAUGAACACCACAGUCCAUUUCUCUGAGGAACCAGCGGUCGGAUGAGUCGCAUCAACGUCCAUUGAACAACCAUGCAGAGAAACCUUUACUACGGUACAAGUAACGGCUCAAGUGACAACUGCACCAAUGUGGACGAUUUGGUGAAACGCUACUACCUGCCCGCCAUGUACGGCUCGAUCUUCAUCGUGGGCGUCGUGGGUAACGUCAUCGCUCUGCUGGUCUACUUGAUCAAAGUUCGUCCCUGGAAGAGCAGCACCAUCAUCAUGGUGAACCUCGUCAUCACUGACCUUCUCUUCAUGGUCAGCUUGCCCUUCUUGACCUACUAUUACGUCCUCAACGACUCGUGGACGCUGGGGAUGGUCACGUGCCGCUUUGCACGCUUCAUGUUCCACUUCAACCUCUACGGCAGCAUCCUCUUCCUCACCUGUCUGGCCAUCUUCCGGUAUGUGGCGAUCGUGCAUCCGAUGCACAUGCACAGCAUCAAGCAGAAGCGAUGGGGCGUGUUGGCUUGCGUCCUGGUUUGGGCUGUGGCGGUGAUCGAGUUAAGUCCCAUUUUUAACCUGUUUGAGAUGGUUGAAGACAACAACAAGACAUACUGCUUGGACUUGGCGAGCAGCAGCCCAGCAAUCGUGUGGCCGUACAGUUGGGCAUUGACUGUACUGGGAUAUUUACUUCCUCUGUUCGUGGUCUGUCUUUGCUAUUGGCGCAUCAUUGUGGUACUAAAGAAGGGUCCUCAUAUGGGAAGCAUGAAACGGGUUCGAGCAAGGCGACUCAUCGUGCUGAUUUUGACGUGCUUUGUGGUUUGCUUUCUUCCCUAUCACGUGCUACGCCUUCUGAGAAUCCACACGAGACUCACUCCGGAAACCGACUGCAUGCUGGACCGCUGCAUUCAUGCCGCCUACAUUAUUUCGAGGCCGAUCGCUGUACUCAACAUCAUUUUUAACUUACCGCUCUACACGUUGUCGGGGGAUUGCUUUAAGCAGGCCUUCGUGGAUUUGUUCAAAUGUGAUUGGCUCAUGUCGAGGACUAAGGGGAUCAUUGAAGUGGCUGUGAUCAACAGACCCACGAGCAACAUCACAUACGAGCAAAGCAGCUGAGACUCAAGCCGGCGUUUCAGUCUUAAACUAAAUGGAUGAGCCAGAGUCAAUGGCACUGUGAAAUAGCCAAUAUAUGAAGGGAUACUCAAGCUAAAAAUGAACAUUCUGUCAUCAUUUAUUUACUCUCAUGUCAAAUAUUUUAUCAGUUUAACCUCUUAUAUAUUAUAUAUUUUAUACUAUAAUAUUGAGAAAAACACAUGAAAUAACACUUAAUUUUAACAUUUACUCUCCUUUAACUGUCAGAAGCAAAGCAUUCUGGGAACUAGAAGUCUGUUGUAACCACUGAUUGUAACUCAUUCUAUGAAUGUGUGUGUCUAUGUGUAGAAUGCAUUCACAUUCACAUGGGAACAUGUAUGUGCAAUAUAUGUACACAAUAAAGGAUAAAACUUUCUGAAUAUUA